AUGGCCAGGCGGGCGGUCGGGCAGCGGGCGGGCGGUCGGGCAGCGGGCGGGCGGUCGGGCGGGUGGGACGCUGGCGGGCGGAUGGGUGGGACGCGGGUGGGCGGGCUGGCGGGCACGGGCUGGCGGCCACACGCCGUCCCGCCCGCUCAGCCACCCGCCGCCUGCUCGCCCGCCCGGCCGAACACCGCCUGCCAGCCCGGCCGCCUGCCGCCAGCCUAUCUGACGCCCUCCCGACCCCUCGAAAGCCCGCCCAUCUGCCCGCCCACUCGGCUGUCAGCUGCCUUCCAGCCGCCCGCCCGCCCGCACGCACACCACCUGCCCACCCGUCCGGACGUCUGUCCGCCUGCCCGCCGCCUGCCCACCCGCUCAGCCACACAGCACCUGUCCGGCGCCUGGCCGUCCGCCCUCCCUUCCGUCCACCACCCUCCCGCCCGCUCGGCCGCCCGCCGCACGCCGCCCGCCGCCUGCCCGCCCGCCCGCUCGGCCGCCCGCCCGGCCCUCCGCCAGCCCGCCCGCCUGCCCGAACGCCCGCCCGCCCAGCCGGCCGGCCGCCCGCCCGCCCGCCGCCUGACCGCCCGCCCACCUGCCCGCCGCCUACCCGCCAGCUGCCUGCCCGUCCGCCUCGCCGCCCGCCCACCGCCUGUUCACUGCCUGCCCGACCACUCGGCCGCCCGCCCGCCUAUUCGCGCGCCUGCCUGCCCUCCCGUCCAGUUGCCUGCCGACUGCAGAACCGCCUCGCGCCCGCCGUCUACCCGCCCUCUUGGCCAGCCGCCUACCCGCCCGCUUGGAAGGCCGCCGCCCUUCCGGCCGCCUGACUGCCUGCCGCCCUCCCGCCCGCCCCCUGACUGGCCGCCCGGCCGCUAA